ACCCACCAGCCCCAUCAAAACAGUGCCUUCUUGUUCAGUGCGAAUGCCAUUUCGGCACCGCAGCAGAUGAUUGAAUUGACAUUCAAGUGACAUUCUACGCUCGUUUUCCAUCGCAGAACCAUCACCGCGGACAGCAGAACUUUUUCUUCGCGCAAUCGGAGUGAAAUGAUCCAGAACCGUGCUUGGAACUAGUAUUUCCCGGUAGUGCCAGUGAGUGCCGCUUCGGAAGCAGGUAAAAUUCGGUUCGUUUGGACGGAGCAAGUGCUCGGAAAGUGCAAUUCUAGUUCGCGUGUGGUGUGCGUUCAUUUUGCUCUCUCGUCGCUCGUCGAGAACGUUUUUCCUGUCUGGUCGGAAGAAGGAAGGGGGGGAAGGAGAAAAGAAAGAAGGAUUGUCUACGUUGAGUUCCAGGUUCUUGUGCAGCGAGUGAGGAUGAGAAGCCGAAGCAACUCGGGAGUCCGGCUGGACUCCUAUCAGCGGAUUGUUCACCGUUUGAUCAUGUCCCAUCAGCAGCCAGUGACUGGGCUUUUCCCGGCCAGUCCACAGACGCAGCACGCUUGGAUCCGGGACAAUGUCUACUGCAUCUUGGCCGUGUGGGGUUUGUCGAUGGCGUACAAAAAGAUUGCCGAUCAGGACGAGGACCGCGCCAAGGCGUACGAGCUGGAGCAGUGCUGCGUCAAACUGAUGCGGGGCCUGCUGAUGGCCAUGAUGAAUCAGAAGGAGAAGGUCGAGCGCUUCAAGACGACGCAGAAUCCGCUUGACUCGCUGCACGCCAAGUACUCGAGCAAGAACGGCCAACCGGUCGUGGGAGACGAAGCGUGGGGUCAUCUGCAAAUCGAUGCCAUUUCGCUGUAUUUGCUUAUUCUGGCCCAGAUGACGGCCUCUGGGCUGCAAAUCGUAUUUUCGUUGGAUGAGGUGUCGUUCAUCCAGAAUUUGGUUUUCUAUAUUGAGUCGGCUUACUGCAUUCCGGAUUAUGGAAUUUGGGAGCGGGGCGACAAGUCAAAUCAUGGUCAAACGGAGUUGAACGCCAGCUCGAUUGGUAUGGCCAAAGCUGCAUUGGAGGCAAUGAACGAGCUGGAUUUGUUCGGUGCUCGCGGUGGCUCUGGAAGUGUGAUUCACGUGCUGGCUGAUGAGGCCCACAAGUGUCAGGCGGUGCUACAGUCUAUGCUCCCGAGAGAAUCAAAUAGUAAAGAAUUGGACGCGGGAUUGCUGUCGGUGAUUGGAUUCCCCGCUUUUGCUUGUGAUGAUCCGCAGUUGAUUGAGUCCACUCAGGAGGCGAUCAUCAACCGACUUCAGGGACGUUUCGGAUGCAAACGUUUCCUUCGGGAUGGUUACAAAACACCUAAAGAGGACAACACGCGGUUGUAUUACGAACGUUGGGAGCUGCGCAUGUUUGAAAAGAUUGAGUGCGAAUGGCCCUUGUUCUUCUGUUACCUGAUUCUGAACAAAGAGUUUCAAAAUGACAAAGAAUCGGUGUCGGAGUACACACAGAAGCUUGAGGACAUUUUGGUCAAGUCGGAAGAAGGGAUGAAAUUGGUGCCGGAACUGUACGCCGUACCGGGGGAAGUAGUUGGCGCCGAGUAUAAAAAUCCUGGGUCACAGCAACGUAUGGUCGUUGGGCGAUGCCCCUUUCUUUGGGGUCAGUCGCUGUACAUUUUGGGGAAGCUGCUUCAGGAAGGAUUCCUGGCCGUUGGAGAGCUCGAUCCGUUGAAUCGUCGGCUAGGUGCCCAGAAGAAGCCGGAUGUCGUCGUUCAGGUGGUCAUCCUGGCCGAAGAUAACGACAUUCGAGACAAACUGGCCGAACAUGGCAUCCACGUACAAACCAUCGCGGAUGUGACCCCGAUCGAAGUGCAACCGGCUCGGGUGUUGAGCCAUCUUUACACCUACUUGGGUCGCAACAAAAAACUCGGCCUCAGCGGUCGUAAAUCGCGUGACGUCGGUAUCCUCAGCACCAGUAAGCUGUACUCGCUCAAGGAUCGUAUUUUUGCAUUCACUCCUCAGUUUUCGGACGUGAAUCGCUUCUACAUUGCGUCGGACAACGAACUGAUGAUCGAUCUGUUGAAAGGGGAAAUUAACUUCCUGAAGUCGGCUUGGCAGAAUCUCCUGGGCCGGCCCCUGCUGACAAUGACGCUGAAAAACGUACAUCUAGAAAACAACAAGGUUCCACUGGCUAUGGUUCAGACAAUGAAGAAACUCAAGUCAGGAUACAUCAACGGUACUCGGGUGAUCCUCGGAAAUCUGGGCGAUUUUAUCAACACUUCUGCGAUCACCGAUCUUAGUUUUCUGGGAAGCCAGGAGGAUGGCUAUCCCGAUAAACUCAACCCCGCCGUGCAGUCCUAUUUGGAUGAACACUUGCUGCGGUCAUUCAGCCACCGUGCUUCUACUACCUCAAUACGGUCGUCCGGACUGCGACCGAAGAACCUCCGCCGUCGGAUGUCCGUCAAAGGUGCCAUCAAAAAGACACGUUCGAUCAAUGUCGACUCGGAAACCUUGGGCAUGGAGGGUAACGUAACGGAGCGCCGUUUGUCCCAUUCGGUCACCCCGCAGUGGCUGGAGCCGAACCAAUCGGGCUCGGGGCCACCGGCCCGGGAUCCAUCGCCGAACCAGAUGGGUCGCUUCAGUGAGCAACGGGUUUCCAUGGAUGAUACCACCAAAUUGCACAUCCAAACCUCGGCUACCAAUGCUACACCGAAAAUUCAGCUGCAGCCACUGCCCAGACACCGUCCAGCCACGGAGACAAACUUCGAGAAUACCGAAGUGGAGGAACUGAUUGCAAUGCUGCGCGAAACGGAAAGUCUCGAAGAGCAAGGCGACAUUCUGCAGCAUUUGGUCGAUACGCAGGGAUUGGAUUUCAACACAGAGCUGGUCAGCGGAACUAAUGACGAUUCUCAAACACAAGGCAUGCUGGAGGAGGGCCGCGUCGUUACGGUUCGUGGACUGCUCAAGGGACUGUACGAGAAAGCGUGUCAGCAGAAGCUAUGGGGUCUGGUGCGUCACACGGCCGGUAUGCUGGGCAAAAGGGUGGAAGAUCUGGCCAAAGCCGUCACCGAUUUGCUCGUCCGACAGAAACAGGUCACAGUCGGAAUGCCACCCAACAGCGAGUACACCAUCACGGCACCCUUACCGGAAACGGAGCUCCGUACGCUGAUCCACGAGGCGUACGGCGAUGACGAGAGUACGGCCAUGUUGACACAGGAGUUGCUCGUCUAUUUGGCCAUGUUCAUUCGGACGGAGCCGCAGCUGUUCCACGAAAUGCUUCGGCUUCGCGUUGGUCUCAUCAUUCAGGUUAUGGCAAAAGAGCUGUCACGUACUUUGAACUGCGAUGGAGAGCAGGCGUCCGAGCAUUUGCUGAACCUGUCUCCGUUCGAGAUGAAGAACCUGCUGCACCACAUUCUUAGCGGUAAGGAAUUCGCUAUCAACAGUGUGGCCCGGGGUAACAUUUCGAUCGUGAGCUGCAAAUCGAGUCGCGUCAGUAAGAAAAGUCAGAUUGGCUUAGGUAAGGAACCGACGGAAGAAGGGGAAAGUUCAAUGAUCGACGACCGCCAGGGACAGUGGUUACGUCGUCGUCGGUUGGAUGGAGCCCUCAAUCGAGUGCCGCGGGAUUUCUAUCCACGGGUUUGGACGGUGCUCGAGCGCUGCCAGGGAUUGGCGAUUGAGGGUCGAAUUUUGCCACAGAGUCUUACUCAGGAAAUGACUCCUAAUGAGCUGAAAUUCGCGCUGGAGGUCGAAACCGCCCUCAACACCAUCCCCCAGCCCGAGUAUCGGCAGCUUGUAGUGGAAGCUUUGAUGGUUCUGACUUUGGUUACCGAGCACAACAUCAUCGCAUCGCUUGGGGAUAUCAUUUACGUGGAGCAUUUGGUUCACAAGGCCAAUCAGCUGUUCUUGGAGGAUCAACGUAAGGUUAAUGGCGAUGCGAUGCUGUGCUGUGCGAAGAAUAAAGAUAUCCGCGAAACGACAACCGCCGGACUAUUGCUUUGCGGUGGAGCUGCCUACAUUUGCCAGCAUUUGUACGACAGCGCCCCUAGCGGAAGUUUCGGGACGAUGACGUACAUCUCCAGGGCGGUCGCUUCAGUGUUGGAGGAUCUACCCAAACAGGGCGACAUGGAUUGCACAAUCUCGUAAGAAAGCAGAAACAAUGACCUCAUUUUCUUCAGUAAAUCCCUAUCUCUUAACCCAACGAAGCUGUUAUAGUAUGAAUGUGCUUAAAACUACUUAUAACGCAACCUAUAGCUAAAAGCGAAACGAGUUCUGUUUGUUCUAAUAUUUAGUAGACGUCAAUCGAAUUUAGCCCGUUACAAAUAUUUUUUGUCCAAAAAAAAUCAAUGUCCAAAUACUAUUUUGGCUGACUUAGAGUAGCUGAUUUCAAAAAAAUCCUUAUUCUAUAAUUAACUCUUAAAAUCUUUGUAAUCGGCCUUCUGAUUAGGAACGAAUGUAGGUAGAAAGCCAACUGGCCAAAGGAAAAGACGAAAAUGAUAUUUUCAUGACACAGCACAUGAUUUAACAAUUUACAGUACCGAACAAAGGAGUUUGUUUGAGCAAUAUUAAUUCUGUAAUUAUAUAUUUCUUUGCACUAUUUACAUUUCGUUAUUUUAUUUAUGCCAAUAUCUUCACUGGCUGCUAGCUAUUUUUCUUAAUAGUGAUAGCGUAGGUUACAUUUUGUAAGACAAGUAUUGUUUUCAUAUUAUACAUUUUAUAGGAUAAUUUUGUGCUACUGUUAGUUCUUUUUUUAGCGGAAAUGUUCAUUAUUGUAAAGAAAAAUCCUACAAAGACGCAAAUCGCUGUUGAUUGGUAUCGAAAUAUCCUUAAUAUGAUUAGCAUUAUCUUAUUCUAUACACCUUAUUACCUUAUACAAGCAAUUGAACACAUUUCAAACGACAAAAAGUAAAGCCCGAGACCAUAAAAUCCCAUGAGAAUAGCAUGAACAACAAUGUUAAAAUAUA